CAUGCACUUCCCGAGCCUCCCUCCCACCGUCGUGCUGCAGCUGACUCUGGUCAGCGUGCUGCAGGGUGCCAAAUGGUCUUAUGAUGGACCAGAAGGACAGCAAUACUGGCACAAGCACUAUCCAUACUGUGGCGGCGCUUUCCAAUCUCCAAUAGACAUCGAGUCAGAGCUGCUGAGGUUUGAUCCAAGUUUACGCCCAGUUGAGGUUCAAAACUACAACCUGGCACCUUAUGAGCAGCUCACUCUUGGAAAUAAUGGACACUCCUUGCAAUUAUCAUUGCCCUCCAAGAUGUACAUCUCCAGCCUGCGUCAUCGUUACACUGCAGCUCAGCUACAUUUCCACUGGGGGUCAACCAGUCAGCCCACUGGCUCUGAACACAUGGUGAACAGUAAGCAGCAUGCAGCAGAGUUGCAUGUAGUACAUUACAAUUCAGACAAGUACCCAAAUAUAUCCAAGGCAGUGGAUAAAUCUGAUGGUUUGGCUGUGCUGGGUGUCUUUAUUGAGAUCGGAGCGUUCAACCCAGCCUUCGAAACAUUUCUAAAGUUCAUCAAUGGGGUCAAAUAUAGAGAUCAGAAAGUGCUGGUUCCCGGUUUCAACAUCAGAACGCUGCUUCCUGCACGGCUGGAUGAGUAUUAUCGCUAUGACGGGUCGCUGACAACUCCUCCUUGCUAUCCAAGCGUGCUGUGGACGGUGUUCAGAAACUCUGUGACUGUUUCUCAAAAACAGUUUCAGAGCAUAGCAACAGCCCUCUACUCCACCUCCGCCCAGGACUCAGCCCCUGUGUCGCUACACAACAACUAUAGGGAACCACAGCCGGCUGACAGCAGAGUGGUACUGAUGUCUUUUAAGGAAGGCAGAGGACUGCAUGGUACCCUUACAGUCACAUCUCCGCUCACAAGGAAGCAAAUCAUUCAGCAGCUGCUGGUUGGCGACCUAGCAGAUUUGGCUGACGAAGGGCUGUACAAGCUCCUACCAAGAGGAGUGCAGAAGCUCCAAGCUGGCAGGAGGAAAGACCUCAGGAACUGGCAGAGUGAGACUCUGACCAAACCCAAACAACAAACACUGAGUCCACCUCUCUGGAAGAAGAGCCAGGCCAACCACUAUGCGGGAAAACUGGGCUUGGCGGAAGACUCAUUGAGCUAUGCCUCAUUGGAGCAGAGAGUUUUCCAUCGGCUCAAACAGUCCCACAGUGAGAAGGAUCUGGUUCAGGCUCUCAGGGAUGCAGUUUACCCUGAACUCAACCUCAAGAGUUACUUGGACUGCAAGUCAGACUUGGCGCUCCCGACCAUCAGACACAUUCUCCGUGGAAGACCAACUGAUGAGGCUUUGGAGUUAGAUCGCUCCCUCACAAGAGCUUUGGGGAAUCAAAAGAAAACCUCCGCAGCAGUUAAACCAAGCGCACCACUAACAAAGCACGGCAGCCAGUUCUCUGCUAAUGUUCCCAGGAAACCACCCAGCCAGGGUCAUCCACAUCCUUGGCUUUUGCCAAUGGAGUGGGAAGACUAGAGAGAUUUUGAAACACAGCCCUCACUGUCCCUUCUGCAGCAGACAUCAGUUCUGUGUCCCUUCAAUGAAAGACUCAUUUGCAUUUCUUGAGCCGGUCUUUCCUUAAUAUAUCAGAUAAUAAAUCGUUCUUUCCAUCGUGUGCACAUUGAUUACUUGUGUUACUUUUUUCUCUUUUGUAUUUUUCCUUUUGCAAACAAUUUCAGAUGUACACAUGUUUGUCACCAGCAACAUUAAGCAGAUCAUCAACCUGUGUAUUUAUGUAGAAAUUCCUUGACGUCAGGCCUUCAGACAUGUUUUUUUGUUUCAUGGACGACUGGCUGAACAUUGUUUUUAAUUGUAUGUGUGACAAUCAGUGACUAUCUGGAAGCACCACCUGGUAUGUCUGACAAGGAACAUUUACAAUGUACAGCAGGAUGCCAAGUAGUAGUUUGGUAACAGUGGAUCUUUUCUUGUAGUCGUGUAAAGAUGUAUUUAGAACUC